GCGUCGCGUCAGGGCUGGCCGGCGGUGGUGGCGGCGGCGGCGGCGGCAGCAGCGGCGGAGGCGGCGAUGGCUGCGGACGCUGAGCGGGCUUGAGGGCUCGGACCUGCUACCUUCCGCGCGACUUCGGGCGCGACUCAGCUCUGCGGCCCCAGCUCGCUCCCCUCCUGCUUCCUCCCCGGCCGCUGCCUGGGCGGAGGCGGAGGCGGAGGCCCGGGCUGGCCGCCCUGCUCGUGUCCCGGCUCGGCCCCAGACGGCCCGGCUGCUGUGCGGAGAGGAGGCCGAGUCGGUAGUGAAAAGAAAAUACUGAAGAAUAGGAUUUCAAGAUGAGUAAAAAGCCCCCAAAUCGUCCUGGAAUCACUUUUGAGAUCGGUGCUCGUUUGGAGGCACUGGACUACUUACAAAAAUGGUAUCCAUCACGAAUUGAAAAAAUCGACUAUGAGGAGGGCAAGAUGUUGGUCCAUUUUGAGCGUUGGAGUCACCGUUAUGAUGAAUGGAUUUACUGGGAUAGCAAUAGGUUGCGACCGCUGGAGAGACCUGCAUUAAGAAAAGAAGGGCUAAAAGAUGAGGAAGAUUUCUUUGAUUUUAAAGCUGGAGAAGAAGUUCUGGCUCGCUGGACAGACUGUCGCUAUUACCCUGCCAAGAUUGAAGCAAUUAACAAAGAAGGAACAUUCACAGUUCAGUUUUAUGAUGGAGUAAUUCGUUGUUUAAAAAGAAUGCACAUUAAGGCCAUGCCCGAGGAUGCUAAGGGGCAGUUUCUGUUCCAGGUGAAAUCCCAGCAUCCACUAAGCUGGUGUUGUCCUAUCGACCCAGCUGGAUCGUGUAACCAGUCUAUGGGAAGUGAGGAUUGGAUAGCUCUAGUCAAAGCAGCUGCCGCAGCUGCAGCCAAGAAUAAAACAGGGAGCAAGCCUCGCACCAGUGCCAACAGCAAUAAAGAGAAAGAGAAAGAGGAGAGGAAAUGGUUUAAAGUACCUUCAAAGAAGGAAGAGACUUCAACUUCUAUAUCUUCUGCAGAAGUUGAGAAGAAGGAAGAUCUACCCACAUCUAGCGAAACUUUUGGACUUCAUGUAGAGAACGUUCCAAAGAUGGUCUUUCCACAGCCAGAGAGCACAUUAUCAAACAAGAGGAAAAAUAAUCAAGGCAACUCAUUUCAGGCAAAGAGAGCUCGACUUAACAAGAUUACUGGUUUGUUGGCAUCCAAAGCUGUUGGGGUGGAUGGUGCUGACAGAAAGGAAGACUGCACUGAAACAGCUCCAAUGCUGGAGCAGGCGAUUUCACCUAAACCUCAAAGUCAGAAAAAAAAUGAAGCUGACAUUAGCAGUUCUGCCAACACUCAGAAACCUGCACUGUUAUCCUCAACUUUGUCUUCAGGGAAGGCUCGCAGCAAGAAAUGCAAACAUGAAUCUGGAGAUUCUUCUGGGUGUAUAAAACCCCCUAAAUCACCACUUUCCCCAGAAUUAAUACAAGUCGAGGAUUUGACGCUUGUAUCUCAGCUUUCUUCUUCAGUGAUAAAUAAAACUAGUUCUCCACAGCCUGUGAACCCCCCUAGACCUUUCAAGCAUAGUGAACGGAGAAGAAGAUCUCAGCGCUUAGCCACCUUGCCCAUGCCUGAUGAUUCCGUAGAAAAGGUUUCUCCUCCCUCUCCAGCCACUGAUGGGAAAGUAUUCUCCAUCAGUUCUCAAAAUCCGCAAGAGUCUUCAGUACCAGAGGUGCCUGAUGUUGCACAUUUGUCACUUGAGAAGCUGGGACCCUGUCUCCCUCUUGACUUAAGUCGUGGUUCGGAAGUUUCAGCACCACUAGCCCCAGAUCCAGCUUACCAUAAUGAAUGUCCCAGGGCAGAAAAGGAAGACACACAGAUGCUUACAAAUCCUGCUUCCAAAGCAAUAGCUGAUGGAAGAGGAGCUCCAACAGCAUCAGGAAUAUCGAAAACAGAAAAAAAAGUGAAAUUGGAAGAAAAAAGCUCAACAGCAUUUGGUAAGAGAAAAGAGAAGGAUAAGGAAAGAAAAGAGAAGAAAGACAAAGAUCACUACAAACCAAAACAGAAGAAGAAAAAGAAAAAGAAAAAGAAAUCCAAGCAGCAUGACUAUUCAGACUAUGAAGACAGUUCUCUAGAAUUUCUGGAAAGGUGCUCUUCUCCACUAACUCGAUCUUCUGGGAGUUCUCUGGCUCUGCGAAGCAUGUUUACGGAGAAAAAUACAACAUAUCAGUACCCGAGGGCAAUUUUGUCAGUUGAUCUUAGUGGUGAAAAUUUAUCCGAUGUGGAAUUCCUAGAUGAUUCUUCAACAGAGAGUUUGCUUCUCAGUGGGGAUGAGUAUAAUCAGGACUUCGAUUCAACCAAUUUUGAGGAAUCUCAGGAUGAAGACGAUGCUCUUAAUGAGAUUGUGCGGUGUAUUUGUGAAAUGGAUGAGGAGAACGGCUUCAUGAUCCAGUGUGAAGAGUGCCUCUGCUGGCAGCACAGCGUGUGCAUGGGGCUGCUGGAGGAGAGCAUCCCCGAGCAGUACAUCUGCUACGUCUGCAGGGACCCUCCUGGUCAGAGGUGGAGUGCGAAAUAUCGGUAUGAUAAGGACUGGUUGGAUAACGGGAGGAUGUGUGGGUUAUCGUUUUUAAAAGAAAAUUACUCUCAUCUCAAUGCCAAAAAGAUAGUAUCCACACACCACCUGCUUGCUGACGUCUACGGUGUCACGGAAGUCCUGCACGGGCUGCAGCUGAAGAUCGGCAUACUGAAGAAUAAACAUCAUCCUGACCUUCAUCUCUGGGCUUAUUCUGGGAAGCGAAAAGACCAAGAUCAAGGAAUUGCUGGGAUAGAGAAGAAACUAGCAGUGCCAGACACAGUUAAUAUAGAGGAAAAGAAAUACCACAUACAGAACCAUAAAGAACCACCUCGUUUGCCCCUAAAAAUGGAAGGAACGUACAUAACAAGUGAGCACAGUUACCAAAAGCCACAACAUUUUGGUCAAGACUGCAAGUCUCUUGUAGACCCUGGGAGCUCAGAUGAUGAUGAUGUUAGUAGUUCUGAAGAAGAACGAGAAUUCCAAACAAAAGAUAAAACCCGUUCACGCUACUCAGUCAGAGAAGAUGGAAUGCCUGGAAAGAAGAAUCCGGCUGAGAGGAGUACGGUAUUUAUUUAUAAUGAUAAAAAGGGCACUGAAGACCCAGGAGACUCACAUCUUCAGUGGCAGCUCAAUCUCCUUACGCACAUCGAGAACAUGCAGAACGAAGUCACCAGCAGGAUGGACCUAAUAGAGAAAGAAGUUGAUGUUCUGGAAAGCUGGCUUGAUUUCACAGGGGAGUUGGAACCACCUGACCCUCUCGCAAGACUGCCCCAACUUAAGCGCCAUAUCAAACAGCUCCUAAUUGACAUGGGCAAAGUACAACAAAUAGCAACUCUUUGCUCUGUAUGACAACAGUGAAAACCUAACGAAAAGAAUGUGGGUUUCUUCAGUUGAUCAUUUUUAUUAUCCACGUGACUGCUAAGUGGAUAGUUAAAAAAACGUAGUGAUGUUUGGUCAUUUACUGAUUUGUGACAUCAAUAGGAUGGCACCUUGGAAAGGAAAAGGAAGAACAACCUCUAUCAAGGAAGCUAAUAUUAGAAAAAGUUUAUGCGCAAGCUGUCUGAUAAUGUGUUAUAUGCCAGGGAUCAAUGAAGUUGAAUAUAAUCUGUACCAAGGAAAUUGAGUUGGCAGGAUUUUUCAAUAGUUGCUUUACAUGAAGCUCGACAUACGUGUAGAAAGAAAGAUGGUGUGCUUAUCUAAUUUUUAGUAGAAAGAUCUAUGUAAUAAACCAGCGUUUGGCCAAAAGCAAAACUAUAGAGGCAAGGAGAUUCUGGAGAGUUCUAUAAGGUUGCCGUAUGAACUGUCUUCUCUGCAGGUGAUCCAGCUGCUCCGGGGCUUAGAGUAUUUAAACUUGUAUGGGAUCAUGAGCUGUUUCCUAGGUAAUGAAUGUCCGUAAUCAGAAAACUGACAGUGGAAGCCUCACUUCUGAGGAAAACAGUUGUGGAAUUCUGACUUCAUUUUGAUUACAUAUUUAAAAAAUGCCAAAUAAUUGAAAUUUCUUGCAGGCAUUAAGCUCAUUAUAAACAGAAUGGCUUGCAGAAGAGUCCGUGUGCCAAAUGACGAUGACACUGCUGGAGAGAGAGUGCUAAAUGUUGUGGGAGUUCUGCUCCUGGGUCUUGCGUAUGCCAUCAGCCCAUCAGAAACACAGAUGUCAUGCAGACUGUAUAUGUCCUACAUACAGUUGAAUUCAGGACUCAGGCAUCCGCGUACAGUUUGAUCCUGAGUAUGCUUGGUGUUUGCCUUCAGAUUAAAUAUUGUAAAUCACCUCAGCUGGGAUGAGGAGUGACAAAAAUAACGAAAUAAUUUGUGGCUGUGGAUUUUUUAACUGCUGGUAGUGGGAUACUGGAAAAGCUUCAUUUCUGAAGAUGAAUUUUAUUUUUAAAAAAUACAUGCACACUCAAAACUUUUAGCUUUGAUCACAAAUGGACACAUUUCUGAAACCAAAGGCAACUAAGUUGCUGAGUUAGCUCUUGCUGGAUUUCGGGCCCAGGCCUUCCUGUCCGCCAGUGCUCUUGUGAGUUGUGUGCCGCCGCCGUGCCCCAUAUGCGGGUGUGCGUGAGCGUGUGUGCUUGUUUGAAACAAACACUCAACGUACAUAUGUACAUAGCCUACACAUAUUUAUAUCUGCACAUAUCUAGUUUUAUUACUAUAGACUAUAAGAGUUGGUGGUUAACAUGAAAUGUUACCUUUUAACAGACUUUUUAAAAAUUAAAAAUGUAUGUACAGGUUUUGAAACUUUUUUAAAAAGGAGAAAAAGAUUGUUCAGAGGAGGCUAUUUGAUGAAAUAACACUUGAAUAUUUUAUGCCUCAUUCUGUUUAUCAGUUCUAGGGAUCUGUGUAAAUGCAUUUUAGAACUGAUACACAGUAAACUUGAAAUUUAUCUUUGAUAAGAAUACAUGCCACUGUACAUUCAGAUAUUAUUUAAAUUUGCAAACACACUGUUCUAUAUGUAAGGUACUGUAUGUAAAACUCUUUAUUAAAACUAUUCCACAUAUCCUAAAAUUUCAGCUUGCCUUCUUGCGGCCUUAUAUUUUGAUGUGAAGAUGAUUAAAAGAGUGAGCAAAACCGUCA